UUCACUCUUUACACAGAUUCUGAGGUUUGAAGUGUUUUUUGUGUUCUUUAACAGUGCUUUCAAUUUGGAUUAAGAAGCAUCUUUUGAACUAAGAAAGCUAGAGGCAACCCAGGAAGAAGAAUACAGGACCAGGAAUGACAGUAAGCCUCAGAUAUACUGUAGAGAAAAGGAAAAGGAACACAAUUACAUACAAAGCAGUUCAUAGAUUUGCUUCAGGCUUCAUGCUGUAGGCUAUGGGAGGACUAUGGUAACAAACGAGUCAUAGAAACUCACUCAUACAACCACACAUUAUCAUUGACUCAGUGAAUAAGGUAAACCGUUUAAUAGUCACUGUGCUCUCUGCCACACAAAAUUAAUAUUGUAAAGAUGUAGGAUAUAUAGAUAUACAUACAGUAUAUACACAUAAAAAGUCCAGCAGACACACAUACAUUCACACAGGGACAAAUACAUAGACUGAAAGAACAGAAAGGACCAACACCCACACAAACUCCCAGAGGCAGCCAUGAGGGUUGUAUUGGUGCUAGGAGGCCUAACUAUCCUGGUCUCUAUGGGCCUGGCCCUGAUCGUCUUUGGCCAGCACCUGACAGAAGCCAAGCUGACCCUGCAGAACCUGCAUCUGGAUCAGAUGCAGUGGGCACGCGUCAACCAACUCAAGGAGAGGCAGUGGCUGGAAAACCUGCUGAAGGGGCAGCUAGACUGGAAGAAGAAGAAUGUGGAGGAGAUGGGGGCAGAGGUGAACAAACUGACCGAAGAGGAGGAGAAGAAGAAGACUGAGGUCGAGGCCUGCCAGGCAGACAAGAAACAAAAGGAGGAAGAACUUGCACCCAUACAGAAGGAGCAGAGUGAUAUUGAAGCGACGUUCAAAACUGAAAAGGAGGCUUGGACUGGGGAGAUCACCACUCUCAAACAGCAGUUGGAGCAGACUAGCAAAGUGUGUGGUUUUGUAAAGGACUCAACAGAUACAGUGAAAUUAUGUCCACCCAAAGAAGGAGCAGCAAAAGCUGAAGCGGCCCCUGUAAAAGCUGAAGCGGCCCCUGUAAAAGCUGAAGCGGCCCCUGUAAAAGCUGAAGCGGCCCCUGUACAAGCUGAAGUGGCCCCUGUAAAAGCUGAAGCGGCCCCUGUAAAAGCUGAAGCGGCCCCUGUAAAAGCUGAAGCGGCCCCUGUAAAAGCUGAAGCGGCCCCUGUAAAAGCUGAAGUGGUCCCUGUAAAAGCUGAAGCGGCCCCUGUACAAGCUGAAGUGGUCCCUGUAAAAGCUGAAGCGGCCCCUGUAAAAGUUGAAGCGGCCCCUGUAAAAGCUGAAGCGGUCCCUGUAAAAGCUGAAGUGGCCCCUGUAAAAGCUGAAGUGGCCCCUGUAAAAGCUGAAGUGGCCCCUGUAAAAGUUGAAGCGGCCCUUGUAAAAGCUGAAGCGGCCCCUGUAAAAGCUGAAGUGGCCCCUGUAAAAGCUGAAGCCGUCCCUGUAAAAGCUGAAGAGGUCCCUGCACAAGCUGAAGCCGCCCCUGCUCCAAAGCAGUAA